AAAAGAAUUGCAACGCACUUCUUAUUUGAUAGAGUGCAUAUUGAACGAAUACAAUUAGAAUGAGUUUAGCCUGUGGCAAGGGGAUAUCGUCCCACCGCCCUCAUAACCUACACUUUUGGGAGUCAGACGCGAGCUCUGCCGUAAAGGUGGAAUUAAAUGCAAAACGCUUCAUCCGCGAAACAGCACUACAAACAGGCUCUACAGGGGUUGUGACGAAAGCCUACGAUACACAUCUUGGUCGACCAGUGGCAGUGAAGAAGAUGAACAUGAGCAGAUUCCAUGAUCUCAAAGAACGGGAAUAUGUGAUAGGGAAGGCAGUUGGCAGACAUCCAAAUGUGGCAACAACAUACGACAAAGUGAUCAAUUUAAAGAGAGGUCAGGUGAAACUAGUUUUGGAACUUUGCGAAGGUGGUGAUCUGGUGGACCUACUGUCCGAGAAGCCACACGGAUUCGAUCGGCGGGAAUUCAUACAUCUCGCGCGAGAGCUUUCAUCAGGCUUGAGACAUAUACAUAGUAAGGGGGUUGCUCACAGAGAUAUCAAAUCAGAUAAUGUUUGUAUAUCGACAGAGGAUGGUCGGGCAAAAAUACUGGAUUUCGGAGAGAGUCAGUUUAUAUCUGACCCAGUGGACACUUUGAAGUCCGGUACUGUCGUGUAUCUGGCGCCUGAAUUGGUACACGCAAUCGAGAAGGGCAACAAUGUAUACAAUCAUCAAGGACUGGAUUUUGAUCUGCUGAAGUCUGAUGUGUGGUCGCUUGGUAUCACUUUCUAUUCCAUGCUGACAUCGCAAAUACCAUUUGCCUGUGCAAGUAUGCAAGACUCUGGAUAUCGGAAUUAUGUGAACGGACUCACCUUUGGAACGCCAAAGUCAUGGACUGUGGUUGACGAAGAUUUGAAGUUUCUUCUAGAGCACAUGUGUGAGCCUUAUCCUGUACUCCGAUGGACUAUGGAAGAGGUUGUCACUUAUCUUGCGGGUUUAUGAUAAUUAAUUAUAUUCCUUCUAAAUUUAGUAUUAUUAGCAUAUAUAAGCAGGCCGUGAGAACGAAUUAAAAUGUAGUACAUUGUCAUCCGUAAACUCUAGCCUUCUUUAAAGGUUGCUAUCUCUGCAACAAAUCAAACAUAUCUGUUGCAAACGGUCAGACCUUUACAGUGCACGAAGGGUGUAUAUACAUUUGUGGAGAUAGUCCAACAUCAGGAAGUAUAGAUAAUCGGUAUUAGCCACAAGGGAUCGGUACCGAACUAUAUUGGAAAACCACACCGAGAGAUGGUCGGUGAACCUGUCAUGUUGAUAUGUUUGGUGAUAUUAUCAUCCCAUGGGAGGCUCGUGAACUGAUAUGACACUACAAGAUGAUCACAGAGGCGAGGACGACACUAUCGUGAGACAGGAUUGGAGAGCUUGGCAAGACAGGAAGGUGUCUACAUAGGGUAACACUUUGUGGAAGAUGUAGGUAAGUUAGAGAUGACGAGAGUGCCAUCUGGGGUGAGGAUAUGGAGUGCUUAAGAAUAUAUACAUAUACACAAUACAGUAGGGUAGACCAAGUAUUGUUGCUGGAAAGCUCAAAGAAUUAUCUAAUAAAGUGUUUGCAGACAUACUCGGCUGUGAGCUACAAAUCAUGUUACAAAAAUAAAUAUGAUUCAUCUUCCC